AUGAUUGGGAUAGUUAAAAGAAAAACACAGACAGAAAAGGAGGCACCACCGAAGAAGGACCUCAUCAAAGUCUCAAUACCUUUUGAACAUCCCCCUGACUAUUUGAAGCCUCCUGCCGAAAAGGAGCUUACUAAGGAGGAGAAACAGAAAUAUGUCACAGUUCUCAAACACUUUCAAGAUCCCGAACUCAAGGUUCCGACCACUGAGCAUAACAAGGGCAAAUUGCAGCCUUUAACGGCCGAUCAAAAAGCAUGGCUUACAAGAGAAUGUUUCCUGAGAUAUUUGCGCGCUACCAAAUGGGAUGUCUCCCAAGCUAUCGAAAGGAUUGAAGGAACAUUGGGAUGGAGAUCUGAGUUUGGUAUUGAUCACUACCUUGACGACUCUAAGAAUAUCGUCACUCCCGAACUCGUUGCCCCAGAAUCGGAGACAGGCAAGGAGGUUGUCUUGGGUUUUGACAACCAAUGUAGACCAUGCCUAUACCUUAAGCCGGGGCGCCAGAACACCAAAACGUCGUUCAGACAAGUCCAGCAUUUGGUUUUCUUCCUGGAAAGGGUGAUCGACUUUAUGCCGUCGGGUCAAGACUCUCUUGCGCUACUGAUCGAUUUCAAAAACCAUCCAGAAAUUGCUGCGCAGUCAGAGACUUCAAAGGUGCCUCCGUUGGGAGUUGGUAAGCAAGUGCUACAUAUCCUUCAGACACAUUAUCCUGAAAGACUUGGUAAAGCUUUACUUACCAAUAUUCCAUUUCUGGGCAGAGCUUUUUUGAAACUGAUCUACCCUUUCAUUGACCCGCUGACGAAAGAAAAGCUUGUGUUUGACGCAGACUUCUCCCAGUUCUGUCCUGCAGAGCAGCUAGACAAGGAAUUUGAUGGCUUAGUGGAUUUCGAAUACGAUCACAAAGUGUACUAUCCAGCACUUAUCGAGAUGGCCCACAAGAAGAGGGUUCAUUAUAUGAAUAGAUUUGAGGAGUUAGGAGGAGUCGUCGGACUUAGCGAGGCGGACCUUAGAGGAAAUGGCCCAGCCACCCUUCCGGUUGGUUCGCACCCUACGGAUAGAAAAGUUGACGACUUGACAGAUAUAGCCGCCAAUUUGAGCGUUGAGUAG